CCAUGGAUCAAAAGCUUAAUUCUCUUCAAAGAUAAGUUUCUACAUCAUAUAUAUAAAUGUUGUACUUUUUGCCUUCCUAACAUUUUAAAAAAAUGAUUUAUCCACAUUUCAUCUUUCUGGUAUUCCUAUUUACAACUGCUUUGGGCAGUACAAAGGAAGACCAUUCACAUUUCAAGACAUCUUCCAACCAAAGGAAAAUUGUUCAAGAAACAUUGACUGAUGAUGACAUCACUGUAUCUUAUUUAACCAACUAUGAUUCAAACUUAGAUAUAACUGCUGUUACACAAGAAAACAACCCAGAUGAUUAUUUGAAUAUUCGUCACAAGAUAGUUCAAGAUAUUACUAUACUUGGUCAGUAUACAACACGUUUGGAAUUAGAAAACGAAGCACGAGCAGAUAUAUACGACCCAGAACCUUACGAAAAAACAUAUAACAUAGAAAAAACAGGAAUACCCAUAAAUGGUGGGGCAAUAACAGCAAAUGUUGAUUUGAAAGUUACUGAAACCCUACAAAGAAAUGUUAACUUUACGGAUCUAGAUUGGUGUUCUACAAUUCAGUUUGAUGCAGUUAUAACGGGAGAAACUAGUCUAACAUUAGCGACAGGCUCUAUUAAGGACAUAAAUAGAACUGUAUCUAAUUAUCCUGAAAAUUAUUCGUUCUUUGGAGUCUCUGAUGCAAGUCCUUUGGUUGCUGUAUCUGGACAAGAUUCUUCAACAUGUCAUGAUGAAACGUGUGAAUCAAAUACUAUGGAUAAAACAGAUAUGAGUGGUUAUUACGUUUUUGACAAUGUUUAUAUUAUGACUAUAAAAAGAGUCUAUGCAUCAGCUUCUAGUACCAAGUCUACUGAUGGUGCUAUGUAUUCUAUGCAAUCAGUUAUUACCGUAGAUGGAUUUGUUCAGAUAUGUAGUGAUGGUACGCUAUAAACAAUGAUACAAUUUUAUUUAUAGGAAUUUUCUCAUGCUAAAACAAUAUAAAUAUAUACUUGAAAAUACAAUAUUUCAGUGAAUAAACUUUGUUUAAAUUUAACGGAAA